GACUGGACCUCCUGAGGACACCUGUGGGAGCCCCACACACUGAAACCAUGUAGCACCUGCUUCUUUUGCUUGGAACUGUAAUUAAACAAGGAAGCCAUUAGACUGAGGUGGCUCCAAUGUUUUAACAGCCUUGUAAGCAAAGGGAAACCUGAACCAGAGUAAAUUCUUGUAAAUGCCUCCAAGGGAAGAAAUAGAAACUUAAGAACAACUGAUCAAAAACAGCCCACUAGGCUUUCCCAAAUAAGGCUAUGCCUUAAGCUAGAGCCAAUCAAAUAAUUUCCUUGUUUUGUUUCCCUUCCUGCUCUGCAAAAGUCUUUCCCCUAGUUUGGUUUGGGGCUGUCCAGUUUGAACUGAUGUUUGCUCAAAAGAUCUCCUCAAAAUUUUAAUGUACCUCACUUAUCUUUUAAUAGAACAACAACAUAAAACCUCACAGGGCUCAUCCUUGCUCAGUGGUGCUCUUAUUAAGGAGUCUUCCUUACUGCUCUGUAUAAUAUUACAUCCCAUCCCCUCUGCUCAGGAAAAUCGCCUUCUCUCCUUGUUUCCAUUGCAACAUAUUCUAACAUACUAUAUAAUUUAGUAUUUCUUAUUUCAUGUUUCUUGUGUUUUCUUAAACAUAAUAGAAACUGCACAAAGGCAGGAUCUUUGUUUCUCUUGUGCCUGAAUUUCUCACAUGCACCUAGAAAAAGAUCCUGAAAAUCCAGUUUGUGCCCGAUGAUCAUUUGUUAGAGCAGUGAAUAAACAUGACACCUCAAUUUCUCUCUUACUUUUACUAUUCCAGGCACUUUUUUUUUUCCCAUGCAUCGUGCAGCAUGCAGGAUCUGAGUUCCUGACCAGGGAUUGAACUCAUGGACUGCCAGGGAAGUCCCUAUUCCAGGUACUCUUAAUGUCCUCUUUAACUAUCACUGCAAAGUAGUAUUGCUCCAUGUUUUCAGGAAUGAAAGAAUCACAUUUUGGAGAUGAAAUUCACACAAUUAUUAAUGUUUAGGACAAUCACAUGCUCAGCUUGAUUCUAUCAUUUUUGACUUCACAGUGCUUUCUGCUAAACAUGUCUGAAAUUUUUUCACCCUUUACUGAUGUGUCCUUAGAGCUAUUUCUGCUACUGUCUUUAAAGAACUACAUAAACAUUAUUAACUUCUUUCUGAAAUGCACAUUUUGCAAUUGUUUUUCUGAGAUAAUCUCAACUCCACAUACAAAACGUCAUACCAGGGCCUGCAGAAAUAAUCAUCACUUCCUAGCAGAAAGAUGAGAUCAUGGGGUUCAGAUACCCUUUUAUUUCAGGGUUCACGUGCUGCCUUUUGUAUAUGUGCUUCAACUGAAAAAUCACACCUUCUGUACAUUACCCAAACUAGCAUCAAUUAAGUUGCUUUUUGUUUGAUUCCUAAGAGGAAUUGCAUGUAUCUGGGGAUAUGGAUAAAAAGUAUUACAUGGAUAAAAGUGUUCCUCAAUGAGUGAGACAAUCCCUAACUAUGCAGGCAAGAGAGAGGUUUUGCGUGGAACCAGAAGCAGACCUUGUUGUCCAUCUUUUUCAGGGUGGCCCACCAUUUGUUCAAAAGAAAACCACAGGCUCAAAAUGGGUUACUUAUGAUAGGCCAUGACACAAAAUUGGGCCUUGAUACCUAACCUAAUUGAAGCUUCAACUUUCCCUGGGAAUGUAGCCUUAACCAGUCAGUUAAGAAUUUUCUGGUUGGCACCAAUGAGGUAAUCUGUCACAUGGGGCCUCUCCAUCCCCCCAAGGGAAGAUGAGGUAACCUGGCACAUAGACCCUUUCCAUUCCCCAAAGGUAGGUUACCUAAACCUUAAAUCAUCUUUUUUAUUGAUGACUUCCUCGUUGUACCUUAAAAAAACCUUUCCUGUUCUGUAGCCCUUUGGAGCUCCCCUCUACUCAUUCGUUAGACGGGAUGACGCUUGAUUCGUGAACCAAUCUCUAAAGCCAAUUAUAUUUUUAAAAUUUACUCAGUUGUUUUUUUUUUUUUUUUUUUUUUUUUUUUUUUGAUUCUGAAACCCGGUGUUGAAGUUUUUUGUUUUUGUUUUUUUUUUUAACAUAUCCCUCUUCUUUCUUGCCAGUCAGGACCUGAAUGGGAUCUUUUCUAUUGUUCUUAACCAAUCACACUGAAACUCACAAAAGUGACUCUAAUGCUUCAGGCUACAAGUAUUGGAGAGCAGUAACAUCAAUUUUCCAGCUAUGCAUGUACUCAUUUAUGUCUGAAUGGCUCUGUCGAACGAUGUGCCGCUUACCUCAGUUGUGGACUGAAGAGGAACACACAACCUAAAAGUUUCUAGUUUUAUUCAGGGAUCUUACUCAGGACUAUAGCUCUGGAGACAACCUUUCAGAUCGCUCUGAGGAACUGCUCCAUAGAGGUAAGGGAGAAUCCAGGAUAUAGAGGAGUUUUUUGUUUCUUGCUUUUUUUUUUUUUUCUGGAAAAAACAGGUAGUCGAACAUUAAGGGACUGCUGGUAAUCACAAAGAACAGACAACUCAAGUUAAUGAUUUCAGUGCUUUUCUGUGUAUGAGAAGAUGCAAGAAUCUGGCUUCCUUGAAACUCGUCCUUAGAUAUGCAUCUUAACUAUUAAGGGUCAUUGUCCAAAUUACAGAGUGCUUCCUGCCUUUCUCCAUCUUGAUUUCCCCUCAGGGCACACCUUUGGGGAACGGCUGCAGUGGGGGCUGGCUUGAUCCUUUUAGAAGUGGAAUGGGGGGGGCAAAAUUCUCUGCCCACACAGUAAUAGAAUUUGGAAACGUCUAAAAUAAUAGACUUGUCCUCUGAGAGCAGGCUGAACUUCAAGGAGUCUAAAACAACGUCUCUUCACGCCUUUUACAGGAGCAAAGCCCCUCCCUCUGGGUAGGAGCACCAUUUCUCCCGCAUUCCUCGGGGUACCUCCCAGCCAACGUUCUGGCGGUAAGGAUGGAGAACACCCUUCCCUGAGGUCUCCAGAGCUCUGAGAACGAUAUUACCCGGAAGAGCCUAGGCACAGAGACACCAGGCAUGAACCAAUGAGGGAUCAGGAUGAGGGCUUUCCCCGAGUGAGCAUGCGUCAGGGGCGGGACCUCCGGCAUCCUGUCCUGGCGAUCAUUUUGCUUGGUGGGGGGUCCGGCGGAGCAGGGAACUGUGCUCGGAUACCGUCGUCCUCUGUCGGGGGCUGUUGUCCUCACGGCGUAGUGUGGGAGGAAGGGGACACCACCUAGCCAGCCAAGUCGCGCUCAUUUUGGCGUCUCUGUCGUUGGCUCGCUGGUCGGGAACGGGAAGGUCCGAAAGGAGGCUGUGUCCCCGCUGCACAGAGGCGUGUCAAGUUCGGCGAUGCAGUCCGGGGUGCCGCGCGCCAGACCCGGGAUAAGGGACGCCGCUCCCAGCCCUCUGAGAUCACAGAAUCCGAUGGCGGCGGCGCUGAGGGACCCGCCUCAGGGUGGUGUGACCUUUCCGGAUGUUGCUGUGCGCUUCUCCUGGGGGGAGUGGAAGCUUCUUGAUGAGGCUCAGAGACGCCUGUACCUCAGUGUGACGCUGGACAUCUAUGCACUUAUAUCCUCGCUGGGUUGCUGCUGUGGAGCAGAAGGUGAGGAGACAUCCUGUGAAGAAACUGUUCCUGUAGGAGUGUCACAGGCUGGGUCUCCUAAGGCAGCUCCAUUUUCCCAGAAGACACACCCCUGUGAGAUGUGUGGUCCAGUCUUGAGAGACAUUUUCCAGUUGGCCGAGCAUCAGGGAACACAACACAGCCAUAAGCUGUUGAGAUGUGGAGCAUGUGCAACAACAUUUUAUAUGCCUUUGAAUAGCAUUGUACACAGGGCUUCAUUUUUCAGGAGCCACAGAUUCCAAGUGUCACAGAAGCCUCUUACUUCUAGGAAGAUCCGGGCCAGCGUGGGACAUCUGCAGCAGCAGACCACUCAUACUGUGGAGAAGCCAAGCAAAAUCACCCAGUGUGGGUCAACUUCACAAGGCAGGAAAAAUCAUCACACCUGGGGAGAAUGCAAGAAAGCCCUCAGCCCCAAACACACACUUGUUCAGGACUGGUGUGUCUACACUGAAAGACAGUGUUUUGUGUGCAGUGAAUGUGGGAAAACAUUCAGGUACAAAUCCGCAUUUGUUAUGCACCUGAGAGUACACACUAGAGAAAGGCUUCAUGUGUUUAGCAGAAGUGACAAAUCCUUUAGACAAAGCUCAACCAUCAGUCAACAUCGAAAAAUUUAUACUGGUUCAGGACAGGACAAGUGCAGCAAAUGUGGGAAAUCCUUAACUCAAAAAUGUGUCCUCAUAUAUCCCCAGAGAUUGCACAGUGGAGAAAACAGUUCUGUGUGCAGUGACUGUGCAAAGUCUUUUUCCCAUAGCUCUGUGUUCAUUCGACAUAAGAGAGUAUUUUCUGGAGAAAGGUUUUAUAAGUGUAGUGACUGUGUGAAAUCUUUUACCUGUAGGUCUGCCCUCAUUUAUCAUCAGAGAUCUCACACAGGAGAAAGGCCUUAUGAGUGCAGUGAAUGUGGGAAGUCCUUUACCACUAACCGCACCCUCCGUUCUCAUCAGAGAUCUCACACGGGAGAAAAGCCUUAUAAAUGCACUGAAUGUGGAAAGUCUUAUACCUCUACCAAUGCUUUCCGAUAUCAUCAGAGAGUUCAUUCUGGAGAAAGGCCUUAUGAGUGCAGUGAAUGUGGGAAAUCUUUUAUGUCUAGGUCUGCAUUCAUUUCUCAUCAUAGAUAUCACACAGGAGAAAGGCCUUAUGAGUGCAGCGAAUGUGAGAAAUCUUUUGUCUCUAGGGCUGCCCUCAGAUAUCAUCAGAGAUCUCACACAGGAGAAAAACCUUAUGAGUGCACCGAAUGUGGGAAAUCUUUUACCACUAACUCUAACUUCCAUUAUCAUCUAAGAGUUCACACUGGAGAAAGGCCUUAUGAGUGCAGUGAAUGUGGGAAAUGUUUUACCAGUAGCUCUAACCUCCAUUAUCAUCAAAGCACUCACACUGGAGAAAGGCCUUAUGAGUGCAGUGAAUGUGGGAAAACUUUUAUUACUCCUGCUAUUCUUCGUUACCAUCAGAAAAUUCAUUCUAGUGAAUGGCCUUUUACGUGCAGUGAAUGUGGGAAAUCUUUUACCUCUAAAUCCAACUUUUGUUAUCAUCUGGGGGUUCAUUCUGGAGAAAGGCCUUGUGUAAGGUGCAGCGAAUGCGGGAAAUCCUUUACCAGUAGCAGUACCCUCCGUUAUCAUCAGAGAAUUCAUUCUGGAGAGAGGCCUUAUGAGUGCAAUGACUGUGGGAAAUGUUUUAUGUCUGGGUCUGCCCUCAGAUAUCAUCAGAGAUUACACACAGGAGAAAGGCCUUAUAAGUGCAGUAAAUGUGGGAAGGCUUUUAAAACUAGCUCCAACCUCUGUUAUCAUCAGAGAGUUCACAGAGGAGAAAGACCUUAUGAGUGCAGUGAAUGUGGGAAAUCCUUUACUUCUGUCUAUUAUCUGUGUAAUCAUUAUAGAUUUCAUUCUGGAGAAAAGCCUUAUAAGUGUAGCAAAUGUGGGAAAUCCUUUACCCUUAGGAAUAGCUUCAUUCAACACCAGAAAGUUCACACAGAAGGUCUUUAUGGAUGUAGUGAGUGUGGGAAACCUUUUCAGAGUAAGUGUGGGCUUAUUGAACACCAGAGAAUUCACACAGGAGAAAGGCCUUACAAAUGCACUGAAUGUGGGAAAUCUUUUAUUACUAAUUACCUCUUCCGUGUUCAUCAGAGAAAUCACACUGGAGAGAAGCCUUAUAAGUGCAGUGAAUGUGGGAAAUCUUAUACCGCUAGCUCUACCCUCCGUUAUCAUCGUAGAACUCAUACUGGAGAAAAGCCUUACAAAUGCACCAAAUGUGGGAAAUCUUUUACCGCUAAUAACCAUCUCCGUGUACAUCUGAGAAAUCACACUGGAGAGAAGCCUUAUGAGUGCAGUGAAUGUGGGAAAUCCUUUACUAGCAACUCUAACCUUCAUUAUCAUCAGAGUACUCACAGUGGAAAGAAACCUUAUGAGUGCAGUGAAUGUGGGAAAUCCUUUACCAGCAGCUCUAGCCUUCGUUAUCAUCAGAGUGCUCACACUGGAGAAAGGCCUUAUGAGUGUAGUGAUUGUGGGAAAUCAUUUGUCCAAAGAAAUCUCCUCAUUAUACACCAGAGAGCUCACACUGGAGAAAGACCUUAUAAGUGCACUGAAUGUGGUAAAUCUUUUACUCAUAGCUCCACCCUCAAUUAUCAUCAGAGAGUUCACAGUGGAGAAAGGCCUUUUAAGUGCAGUGAAUGUGGGAAAUCUUUUAUUAACACCUCCAAACUGCGUUGUCAUGAGAGAGGUCACACUAGAGAAAGGCCUUAAGAGUGCCCUAAAUGUGGGAAAUCUUUUAUGAGCAAAUCCUUCUGAGGAUUGGAGAGUUUACACGAGAGAAAGGCAUAGAUGUACAGGGAAUGUGCAAUUUCCUUGUUCAGUACAGAGGCAGUGGAGAAAACUGAGGGGCCAUUGGUCUGAAUUGAAUCUCACCUCAAGUGCUUCUGAGGGCAUGAAUUUUUUUCCCUUACUCAAAUUAGAGAUUAUAGGGUAUUGAGGCACUGUUGGAGAGCGUGUAUUCCUCCAAGUCUACAGAGAACUAUAUUUCCCAAUGUCCACAAUUCUUUGAGCUAAUGUUGCUAUUUGUAAGACCAUUGGGUCCAGGGGAAACCAUAAUUGGUACAGAAACUCUGGUUUAGUAGGGAGUGGAGGACAUUGCAGCCAACUAGAUGGAAUGUACCUCUUCUAAAGGUGUAUCCAGAUUCUGUGACAUUGACUGUGCAGGAUCAGUUUAUACACUGAUUCUAGUGAAUUUCACUUCAAGACCCUUACUGCAGAGGCAGGAAAGGAAGAGAAAAGGGGAUGUAGCUCUUGUGAUCUAGGCAGCAUGCCUGUUGACUCAGGUAGAAAUGUACUUCAUUGCUCUUCAUAUUUGCUACCACUGAGGGAAGACUGAUCCCCAGAGAGCACAAGGAGAGCAUUGGUGGAUUCAGUAUAUGGUUGCCAAACCUAUUUUCCAAAGGGAGUGAGACAUACAGAUUUUUUCAUCUUGAGACAAUCUUUAAAUCUAUAUUAAAGUAUAAUUUACAUGUACUAAACUGCAUAUGUUUGAAGUAUUACAAGUUAAUAAGUUUUCACCUAGGUAUGAAUCUCAAAACCAUCACCAGAGUUCUGAUACUGCCCAUAUUUACCUCAUGACCUAUUAUUAUCUCUCCUUGCCCUUCCCACCUCUCCAGGUAAUCACUGAUGUACUUUUCCUUAGAAUAGAUACCUUUGCAUUUUUUUUUAAUUUAUCUAAUUGGAAUCAUAAGCUGUUUACUGGGUUUUUCUUCUGAGUUCCUUUGUUUCAUAAUUAUUUGAGAUUCAUCAGUGAUAUAAACGAAUAGCUCAUCUCUUUAUUUUUUGAUGAGUAGCAUUCUUAUCUGGAUGUACCACUGUUAGUUUACCCAUUCAUCUUUUUAUGGGCAUUUAGGUUAUUUCUAGGUUUUCACUCUUGAAAAUAAAGCUGCUACAAACAUUUGCAUCAGUUCUUUAUGUGGAUUAUGUUUCUUUUAUCUUUUAUUGAUAACUCAGUGCAGUGUCUGAAUCACUGGGUAGAUGAACGUGUAACUCCUGAUGAAACUAAGAAACUGGUCUAAAAUGACUUCCAUUUUCAUUCCCAUCAAAACUGUAGGAGAGUUCCAGUUUCUCAACAUCCAUGCCAAUCGUUAAUGUCAGCCCUUUUAAUAAGUGAGUAGUGCUAUCUCAGCGAGGUUUUAAUUGGUUUUAAUUGCAUUACCCUAGAGAUUUGUGAUUUUUUUUUUUUUUGUGGUACACGAGCCUCUCACUGUUGUGGUCUCUCCUGUUGCAGAGCACAGACUCUGGACGUGCAGGCCCAGCAGCCAUGGCUCACGGGCCCAGCUGCUCCACGACAUGUGGGAUCUUCCCAGACUGGGGCAUGAACCCGUGUCCCCUGCAUCAGCAGGCAGACUCUAAACCACUGUGCCACCAGGGAAGCCCAAGAUUUGUGAUUUUUAGCAUUUUUUAAUGCUGUAUAUCUUCUUAUUUAUUUAUUUUUGGCUGCAUGGGUCUUAGUUGCUGUGCGCAGGCUUUCUCUAGAUGUGGCGAGCAGGGUCUACUCUUCGUUGUGGUAUGCCGGCGUCUCAUUGCGGUGACUUCUCUUGUUGCGGAGCUUGGGCUCUAGGCAUGUGGGCUUCAGUAGUUGUGGCUCACAGGCUCUAGAGCACAGGCUCAGUAGUUGUGGCACAUGGGCUUACCUGCUCCGUGGCAUGUGGGAUCUUCCCAGACUAUGGAUCGAAUUGGUGUCCCCACAUUGGCAGGUGGAUUCUUAACCACUGUGCCACCAGAGAAGUCCCUGUAUGUCUUUUGUACAAUUCCUGAUCAUAUCAUUUGUCUAAUUUUUUAAAAUUAAUUAUCCCUGUUUCCAUCACUUAAGUACGGGCAUUGUGUAAAACAAUAAAUCUAGCCCUGCUUUGUAGCUUUUGCCAAUUUCCAAGGUAUAAAUUCUCCCACUAUGAAAGUGGGAUGUUCUCAGAGAAGGAGCUGAAAAAUUCUACUUGGGUCCCCUGGAUGUUGGGUGGAAAACUAAACUUAGCAUCUGGUUCAUUAUAAGGGGUUUUCACUCUCUGAACACUCUUCAAAGUUCCUUUUAUCUUUCCCUUUCUGUAAUUAUUGACUGAUGGUCUCCAAUAGGUAUUUACCCUUCAUGGAGUUCACCACCACUUGGGGCUGCUUUUCCAGACAUCCCAAUUGGUUGGUGGGGUCACUGUGGGUCUCUCCAUCCCUGGUGAGGCUUCUCAGAAGGACUCGUGCCCAGGAACACCAGGUGGAAGGUCCUGCCGGUGACCAUGGGGGAAGGUUCCCAACCUGGUGAGGCCUUUUACUCAGGCCCACAUGCUCCAUGCCACCGGUCAUGUUUGAUCUGAGGUGGCAUUUCAGGACAGCGGGGAAGGCGUGAGCCAUGUACGGCACAGAGUGGGGGUGGCAGGAGGGCAGUGGUGGCCUGAGGACCCCAGAGACACCUAAAGGUGUUGGCGUCUGCCAAGGAGAUUUAGGAAGGACCCUAAAGUUUCCAUUGCUCAUCCCUAAGGCGAUGCCCUGCCCAGAGUUCUGGAUCCCUCUUGCCAUUGGAGGUCCCUGAGCAAUGCGUGACAGUGCAGGCAGGAUGCAGGCUUGUUGACCUGCUGGCAACUCCCCACCUUCUGCCCCACCUGCCUGGUGUAAAGGCCAGGGAUUUCCUCAAUGAAGUGGAAAAAUCAAGGCUCAACCUCUGAGGCAAGAAUCAGAGAUUAAGUCUUUUUUUAUUAAAAUAAAUUUAUUUAUUUAUUUUUGGCUGCAUUGAGUCUUCAUUGCUUCAUGCGGGCUUUCUCUAGUUGCGGUGAGUGGGGGCUACUCUUUGUUGCGGUGCACGGGCUUCUCAUUGCGGUGGCUUCUCUUGUGGAGCACGGGUUCUAGGUGCGCAGGCUUCAGUAGUUGUGGCACGUGGGAUCUAGAGUGCAGGCUCAGUAGUUGUGGUGCACGGGCUUAGUUGCUCCGCGGCAUGUGGAAUCUUCCCGGACAAGGGCUCGAACCCAUCCCCUGCAUUGCCAGGCAGGUUCUUAACCACUGCACCACCAGGGAAGCCCAGAGAUUAAGUCUUUGGAGCAAAUUAGAGACUCAAUCUCAGUAGCAAUUAGGUUGUCCAAGAUACUUAGUUAAGGAAGAAAUUAAUGUCAGACAAGGAAGCACAGAUCCAGGAACCUUAGUACUAAGCAGGAUAAAUGCCAAAAAAUAACAUGUAGACAUAAUUUUGAAAUUACAGGAAAUCAAAGAUUUAAAGAAUCCUAAAAGAAGCCAGAGGGGGAAAAUACUCAUUGAGGAAUGAAGUUAAGAAUUAUAUCCAAUAUCUCCUCAGAAACCAUGCAACAAGGAGAGGUGUGAAAUAUUUAAAGUGCUGAGAUGAAAAAUAAGUCAACCUUGAAUUCUGUACCAUCAAAAUUAUCCUUCAGUAAUGCAGGGAAACCAAAGCCUUUCAAAGACAAAAACUGAGGGAAUUUGUUCUCAGUAAACCUACUGUCUUAGUCCAUUUGGGAUACUAUAACAAAAAAUCACAGACUUGUUAGUUUGUUUGUUUGUUUGUUUUGUUUUUUUGCGGUACGCAGGCCUCUUACUGCUGUGGCCUCUCCCGUCGCGGAGCACAGGCUCCGGACGCGCAGGCUCAGCGGCCAUGGCUCACGGGCCCAGCUGCUCCGCGGCAUGUGGGAUCGUCCUGGACUGGGACAUGAACUCAUGUCCCCUGCAUCGGCAGGUGGACUCUCAACCACUGUGCCACCAGGAAAGCCUGACUUGUUAGUUUAUUAAAAAAAUAAACAUUUUUUUCUCAUAGGUUUGGUGGCUGUGGAGUACAGGUUCCAGCAUGGUCGAGUUCUCUGGUGGGAACCCUCUUCCUGGUUCAUAGCAGGUGGUUUCUUGCUGUGUCCUCAUGUGAUAGAAGGAGCUAGGGGCCUCUCUGGAGCGUCUUUUAUAAAGGGACUAAUUCCACCCAUGAGGGCUCUAUCACCUUAUGACUGAAGCAUCUCUCAAAGUCCCCACCUCCUAAUACUAGCAUCUUUGGGGGUUAUUCUUUCAACAGAGGUUUUGGAGGGACAACACAAACAUUCAGACCAUAGCACCUGCCUUGCAAGAAAUGUUUAAAAACUUUAGAGAUGACAAAAAUGAUAUAGGUCAAAAAGUCCAAUCUACAUAAAGAAGAGCAGUGAAGAAGUAAUAAAUGAAGGAAAAAUAAAAUAUUAUUUUUCUUGUUCUUAAUUGAUCUAACAGAUAACAAUUUGAAGUAGUAAUACCAACAACAUAUUCUAUUAUGUAUGCUUAUCUGUAUGCAUGUCUUGUGUGUGUGUGUGUGUAUGCUUAUGCUUUUAUAUAAGUGAAAUGAAUGACAUCAAUAAUACAAGGGAUUAGAGGGAAGAAUUGGGAUUAUUUUAUUAUUAUGAGGUACACUACGUGAAGUGGAAAAGGCGUUACUUGAAAGUGGACUUGGAUUAGUUGUCGAUGUUUACUGCAAACUCUAUAGGAACAGCUAAAAAUAUAACUGAUACGCUAACAAGAUAAAAUGGAAUCAUAAAACACUCAGUGAAAACCACAUAAAGCAGGUAAAGAGUGUGAGACAAAAAUUCAAAGAGCAAGGGCAACAAACACAAAUUAGUAACAGAUGUGGUAUAUAUUAAUCCAACUCUAUUAGUAAUCACUUUGAACAGCAGAAGACCAAUUACAAGAGAUUUUCAGAGUAGGUAGAAAACCAAGAUCCUACUAUAUGUUGUCUAUAGAAACUGUCUUAAGCUUCUAAUUUUGUAAUAAUUUGUUGCAAGGGCAAUAGAAAAUGAAUAGAGGGGGAAUUCCUGGUCAGGGUUAGGACUGGUCCAGUGGUUAGGACUCUGCACUUCCACUGCUGGGGGCCCGGGUUCAAUUCCUGGUCAGGGAACUAAGAUCCGGAAGCCCAUGGCAUGGACAAAAAAAAAAAAAAAAAAAAAAAGAGGAAAA